CCGGAAGGUAGUUGAUGUUACUCCCGCUUUAGCUAGCAUAAUUACUUUCCUGGUUGUAUGCGCUCCUUUGUGGGGGGAUAUUAUCGAUUAAAGAAAUUCCCCCUUACACAAACGUCGGCGACAUGGCGGGGAACUUCUGGCAGAGUUCGCACUAUCUGCAGUGGGUGCUGGAUAAACAGGAUCUGAUGAAAGAGCGCCAGAAGGACCUGAAGUUCCUCACAGAAGAGGAGUACUGGAAGCUGCAGAUUUUUUUCGCCAAUGUGAUCCAGGCUCUGGGUGAGCACCUGAAGCUCAGACAGCAGGUCAUCGCUACAGCGACAGUGUACUUCAAACGCUUCUAUGCCAGGUAUUCUCUUAAAAGUAUAGAUCCUGUGCUGAUGGCUCCCACUUGUGUUUUCCUGGCCUCUAAAGUUGAGGAAUUUGGAGUGGUGUCCAACACCAGGCUGAUUUCUGCAGCGACAUCUGUGUUGAAAACAAGAUUUUCCUACGCGUUUCCAAAGGAAUUUCCCUACAGAAUGAAUCAUAUAUUAGAGUGUGAGUUCUACCUUUUGGAGUUGAUGGACUGCUGCCUGAUUGUGUACCACCCCUACAGACCGCUGCUGCAGUACGUGCAGGAUAUGGGGCAGGAGGACAUGCUGCUGCCUCUGGCCUGGCGAAUAGUGAACGACACUUACAGAACAGAUCUGUGCCUGCUCUACCCUCCCUUCAUGAUUGCCCUGGCCUGUCUUCAUGUUGCCUGCGUUGUACAGCAAAAAGAUGCCAGGCAGUGGUUUGCUGAGCUCUCCGUGGACAUGGACAAAAUCCUGGAGAUCAUCCGCGUCAUUCUGAAGCUCUAUGACCAGUGGAAAAACUUUGAUGAUAGGAAAGAGAUAGCCGCUGUCCUGAACAAGAUGCCCAAACCCAAACCCCCACCAAACAGUGAGAGUGAUCAGAGCUCUAAUGGAAACCAAAGCAACUCCUACAGCCAGUCUUAGCGUCAUGUCUGCGUCUCCAUGAGAAUCCAUGAUGUUAAACUUUAGGAGGGGUUGAAUGUUUUCAAACACACACACACAGGACAAUCUUUGCCGUAUCACAGGGAUGGAAUCUGGUCACAAUGUCCUUUCAUAAUAAAUGGACCCCCCAUGACCUCUCACUAGUGUAACUUAGCCUCUCCUUCUCUGAUUAUCAUGGAUUCAUGGACUGAACAGGCGGCGAUUGAAAAGUCUCCAGUGAGCAGCCAACCUCCAUUAGGCCAACUCCUCCGACAUGAAAUAAAGUAGAACAGUGGAGCGGGAGACUGACGGGGGAACAAAGGUGAUCGGUCAGUAAAAACUCAUCAUUGUGAUGACAUCCUGACAUCCUUGAAGCACCCUGAGGAGUCAUUCCACGCGGAGCUCCAUGGGGAUUGGAGAAAAACUUGAUCACAUGUACUGUGUCUGUGUGCGCCUGUGUGUAGAGCAGCCAGUCUGGGUGGGGUUUUAUUCCUCAGGGACGGAUGCGAUUCUGUGCUGUUUGAAUGGAUUUAUAUUGAGAUAUCCCAGAGGGAAGAUGUGUUUUGAGACUCUUAAUUUCUGAAACGUUUUCAGCCCGAUCUAACGCUAUGGGAAGUGGGACGGUCAUCUUUAAAGUAGAAAUUACUUCUGUGAAUACCAAUCAACAGUUUGAUUAAUGAUUACACACAUCUUCCCUCCUCUUUUGUAAAUAGAUUUAUAAUUUUGUGUUUUUGCUUUCUUAAACAGAAAUUCUGACUUUAUUUGGCUUCAUCCUUGUGCUAAACAUCGACGUGCACCUGUUGGUUUUACGGGAUAUAUUUGUUGGAUUAUUCAUUGAUGUUUAGCUUUCACGGUGAAGUUUUGUUAAAAGCAUUUUUGCUUUCACUUUGGAAUAAAUGCUAAACUCAAUUACUUGAGCUCUACGAGGUUUUUACUCUAUUCUUUCUGCCCUCCGCCAGCUUAUAAAUCACCAAAUUGUUGCGAUAGGUCUGUGCAUUUCCCUGCAGAUGUCUGUUAUGUGACUGAGUGUGCCUUAAUAAAAGCACAUGCAUUCAGGUAACGUGUCAAAUAUGUCUGAGGUAUUGUGAAAUGACUUGUGUUCAUCUUUUUUUUUUCUCUGGCAAAGUUGCUAAACUGAAAACUGAGGGCACCAAUGUCAUUUUGAUUGAAACCACUCCCACACCCUCAUUAAGCUGAGUAAAAUAAACAUGACUAUAAAUAAUGUGA